GAAGAUGGCAAUGUCUGUGAUCCAAGCGUGCCGCAGCCUGGCCCUCUCAACAUGGCUGCUGUCCUUUUGUUUCGUGCAUCUGCUGUGCCUGGACUUCACGGUGGCCGAGAAGGAGGAGUGGUACACGGCCUUCGUGAACAUCACCUACGCCGAGCCGGCGGCGGCGGGCGGCGGCGCCGAGCUGCGCAGCGAGAAGCCCGCCGACCGCUACGCGUGCGACCCGGCCACGCGCUUCAACGCGCCCGCGCCGGGCAAGAGCUGGGUGGCCCUCAUCCCGCGCGGAAACUGCACCUACCGCGACAAGAUCCGCCACGCCGCCGCGCAGAACGCCUCCGCCGUGGUCAUCUACAACGUGGGCUCCAGCAACGCCAACGAGACCAUCACCAUGCCCCACGCAGGUCUAGAAGAUGUUGUAGCAAUAAUGAUCCCUGAACCCAAAGGGAAAGAGAUAGUGAGCCUCCUGGAGAGGAACAUCACUGUGAUGAUGUACAUAACGAUCGGGACGCGCAACCUGCAGAAGUACGUGAGCCGGACCUCCGUGGUGUUCGUCUCCAUCUCCUUCAUUGUGCUGAUGAUCAUCUCCCUGGCGUGGCUGGUUUUCUAUUAUAUCCAGCGAUUCCGCUAUGCAAAUGCCAGAGACAGGAAUCAGCGCCGUCUUGGAGAUGCUGCAAAGAAAGCAAUCAGCAAGCUGCAAGUCAGAACAAUCAGGAAAGGUGAUAAGGAAACUGAGCCAGACUUUGAUAACUGUGCUGUUUGCAUUGAAGGCUACAAGCCCAAUGAUGUUGUCAGAAUCUUACCUUGCAGGCAUCUUUUUCACAAGUCCUGUGUAGACCCGUGGCUGCUAGACCAUCGUACCUGCCCUAUGUGUAAAAUGAAUAUUCUAAAAGCUCUAGGGAUUCCGCCAAAUGCGGAUUGCAUAGAUGAUAUACCUCCAGACUUGGAAGCGUCCAUAGGAGGACCACCAACGAACCAGAUAACGGGAGCUAGCGAUACAACAGUCAACGAGAGCUCUGUAGCCCUGGAUCCCCCGGUCCGGACUGUGGGAGUACUACAAGUCAUCCAAGACGUAGACUCCUUUCCCCAGGUCGGGGAGGGUAACUUCACAACAAGCAAUGAACAGGAGCCAGCAGUCAGCAGUGACUCAGAUAUUUCACUGAUUAUGGCAAUGGAGGUUGGACUGUCGGACGUGGAGCUUUCCACCGAUCAAGACUGCGAAGAGGUGAAGUCUUGAAAACCACACAGAAACCCGACACUAAACGACAGGGGAGGGUCACAGGGAGGGACCGAGUCAGCUUUGUAGCGUUUGGACCAGUCAUGCACUCACCUCCAGAGCACUGUCACUCCAGCACACUCAUCCUGAGAUGGUCACGAAAAGCAAUAGCAACAGUUGUGUCUGCCUGGUUGCAGGUUCGUCAUCUGCACAUGUCCAUUAGACUCACAUGGAA